GUUUACUAUUAAGAGAAAGUAGACUUAAGAAUACCGAUUUCAUUGAGGGUAUUGUAGUAUAUGCCGGACAUGAAACAAAAGCUAUGUUAAAUAAUAGUGGACCACGUUACAAACGUUCCCAGGUGGAACAACAAAUGAACAUUGAUGUUAUAUGGUGUGUAAUUAUAUUGUUAAUAUUAUGUGUUGUUGGUGCUGUUGGUUGCAAAAUGUGGCUUAGCUCUUUUGAGCAAUUUCCUGUACCUUAUCUACCCUUCGAAGUUGAUCCCAGUUAUGAGGGUCUUCUUAUCUUCUGGACCUAUAUUAUUAUACUACAAGUUAUGAUACCACUCUCGUUGUAUGUCACCAUUGAGCUGUGUAAGAUAUUACAAGUUUUCCAUAUACACAAUAAUGUCGAUCUCUUCGAUCGUGAUACGAAUAAACAAACCGAAUGUCGGGCUAUGAACAUUACCGAAGAGUUGGGACAAAUUCAGCAUAUCUUUUCGGAUAAAACCGGUACACUAACGGAAAAUAAAAUGUUAUUUCGCCGUUGUGUAGUAAAUGGCAUUGAUUAUAAUCAUCCGCCUUCGGAGCUGGAAAAGGCGUAUUCGAAACCGGGCUCACCGGCUCCUCCUCUGGUGGCGAAUGCCACACUUGUUAGUGAUAUGGCGAAUUUAAGUUCGUCGGGUAUUUUCCUGUCGCAAAAUUCGCAAAGAAUUCAAGAGUUUUUAGUAGUUUUGGCGAUUUGCAAUACGGUGAUAGUUAGUGCGGCGCCACAUCGUGAUCUUAUGAAUGCCAGUGGCAUUAUAGAGGUGCAGAGUAAUAACACCUCUCUGGUGGGAGAGUCGUCGGUGAAUUUGAAAGGUGUUAAACCCACAGCUGGUCAAAAUGACUUAACCUCUUCGCCAGCGCCCUCACUGAGCAAUAAUAAAUUGGCAUCGGCCAUACCAGCCGAUCGUUAUAUACGCUUAGCUGAAUCACGUUCCGUAACACCAUCACCGCCACCUAAUUUAGCAUUUAACAUUCCAACACAAUCGCACAUACCCUCACUGUCGCCCAUAAGUAGUUCAGCCGAAUCGACACCCACCUCAGAGUCACCGCCAAUGAAAUUGAAAUCAUUAUCGCAUGCCAUCUCGCCCACAGGACGUGCUAAGGCGGCUAUCAAUUCAAAAAUUAAUAGUAUUACAACAUUUUUAAAUGCCAAGACACAAAACAAACGACUGGCCAAUAAAUUACAACAACAAAAAAAUAAUCCCACAUAUCAGACUCCAGAUGGUCGUCCUUUAUACGAAGCUGAAAGUCCCGAUGAAUUGGCUUUGGUUAAUGCCGCCUAUGGUUAUGAAUGUUGCCUUAUCAACCGCAGUCCAAAUCAUAUUUUGGUCAGUGUACCCAAUAAGGGUUUAGUGGAGUAUGAAGUUUUGAAAAUCCUACCCUUCGAUUCCAGCCGCAAAUGUAUGUCUAUAGUGGUAAGACGUACGGGUACACAGGAGAUAGUUUUAUAUACAAAAGGUGCUGAUACUUCAAUAAUGCCCGUAUUGGCACCCUGUUCCCCUAACUCACCCGAGGGACUGAUACGUGAAAAAACGCAACAACAAUUAGAUCGUUAUGCUCGCGAUGGUUUACGUAUUUUGGUAAUGGCUAAGCGAAAUCUAAAUGCCGCCGAAUAUACCGACUGGUGGGCCAGACAUCAGGAAAUCGAAAUGUCUAUGGAGAAUCGUGAACGGCGUUUGAGAGAUUCUUUUGCCAAGUUGGAAAGUAAUUUAACUUUAUUGGGUGCGACGGGCAUAGAAGAUCGUUUGCAGGAAGGUGUUCCCGAGACCAUACAAUCUCUUAUGGCGGCUGGUAUAUCAAUAUGGGUGCUAACGGGUGAUAAACCCGAAACCGCUAUAAAUAUUGCCUAUUCAGCAAAGUUAUUUACACAGCAAAUGGAAUUGAUUAGAUUAACUGCCCGUUCGAGAGAUGCUGCCGAAUCUGCCAUUAAUUUUUAUUUAAACGAAAUUGAAGCUGCCAAAGUAACAUCAUUUGAAGGUAGUCCUCGACUUAAACCACGAGCUCUAGUGGUGGAUGGUAAAACUUUAACUUUCAUAUUGGAUUUAAGAUCAAAACUGAUACGUCCUUUUUUAAAAUUGGCCAAAGGCUGUGCUUCUGUGCUGUGUUGUCGUUCCACCCCCUUGCAAAAAGCUUAUUUGGUUAAAAUAGUCAAAGAGGAGUUACGUUUGUGUACAUUAGCCAUUGGUGAUGGUGCCAAUGAUGUUUCAAUGAUACAGAUGGCCGAUGUGGGCGUUGGCAUAUCUGGCCAAGAGGGUACACAAGCUGUAAUGGCGGCCGAUUUUACGGUGGCACGUUUCCGUUAUCUGGAACGUUUGCUUAUAACACACGGCUAUUGGUGUUAUGAUCGUUUAUCUCGUAUGAUUUUAUAUUUCUUUUAUAAAAAUGCUGCCUUUGUUUUCUUAAUAUUUUGGUAUCAACUGUAUUGUGGUUUCUCUGGUUCCGUAAUGAUGGAUCAAAUGUAUUUAAUGUUAUAUAAUUUAAUAUUUACCUCGCUGCCUCCUUUAGCCAUUGGUGUCUACGAUAAACGUGUGCCAGAGGAUUUACUAUUGAAAAAUCCUUAUCUAUAUAAAAAUGGUCGUUUGGGUUUAGCUUAUAAACCACAUGAUUUCUGGAUUAUACUAUUAGAUUCCCUGUACCAAAGUCUGGUGGUAUUUUUUAUAGCUUUAUGUGCCUAUGCUGGUUCAGAAGUUGGUAUAUGGGAAUUUGGUGCCACCAUAACGGCUUCCUGUUUAUUUACGAAUUUAUUACAUGGUGUUAUAGAAAUACGUUCUUGGACAAUACUACAUGUGCUUUCUAUGGUUUUAAGUUUGGGUUCAUUUUAUUUAUUUUCAAUUGUUUACAAUUCCAUGUGCGUCAAUUGUUUUGGCCUUCCUUCGAGUUAUUGGGUGAUAUUUCGUUGUUUUGCUUCCGCCGUACAUUGGUUGGUGAUUGUUUUAUCUGCGGUCGUAGCCAUUUUACCACGUUUGCUAUUUACUGUCUUAAAAACAACCAUAUUUCCAGAUGACAGCACAAAAGUUUUAUUGAAUAGUAAGCGAGAACGCAGUAGAGGUGAGGGUUUAUUAGUUACUUGGUCAAGGUCAACAUCUGCUUCAUCAAUUUAUAGAAUCACCGAUUAUGGGUCUAAGAAUCAGAUUAUAACAUCAAUUACCUGAUUAUUACUUAAGAUCUUAUAAAUUAAAUUGUAAUUAACUCAAUGUAAUGUUUGUAUUGUAAUGUAAUGUAAUUUAAUAUUUUUAAAAUUAAGUUCUACAAAUUAUACCAACGAUUUUCUUUAUUUUAUAUAUAUAUAAUUAUAAUCUAAUUUGUUAAAGUUUUUUUAAUUUUAAUUUAAAGAAGUGAAUGAAGAAAAUAAAAAAAAAACAAUAUUAUUAGUAAAUUAAAAUCCUGCCUUACGCUUAUAUAGUAUAUAUUUAUAAAUAUAUAUAAUUAUAUUUACAUAUAUACAAAUAUGCUUAAAUAUGUACUAAAACUUAAUUGCAUAUAACAAUAAUGUAUUUUAAACAUGAUUUUGCUAAUAACAACUGAAAAUUUAUUUAUAAUUAAUGUAUGUAAAUACCAUUUAUAUUUAAUUCUUUAUAUUUAAGUCUUAAUAUUUAAGAAGAAAUUAAAAUAGAAAAUAUCCAAUCGAGAUGAUGUAAAAAUUAUGUUAUAAUUUAUGUUUGUUAUAUUUUACUAUUGUAUUUUUUUAUAAUUUUCUAUUAUUUCUCUAAAGUGUACUUACAGUAAAUGAAAGGGGGGAAUUUACAAAUAUAAAGAAAUGGUUUAAAUUUGAAAAUUCUGGUCAAUUUAAAACUAAAAUUUUUAAAAUGAAAAUCAUAUGACAGAGAAGAAAGUUCUACCAGUAAUUUAUUACUUUUAAACAAUAUUUUAAUUGUUAAAAUUCCUGAAAAAUUAGCGUUUAUUAUAUAUUAAUUUGCUCAGUUUUUUAGCAGUUUUAUAAUUUUAAUAAAAUCAUAGUUAAUUAAACUUUUGUCAAUUAUCAGUUAACAAAUUUGCAAUAUUUGAAAGAAAAUUUGUUUUCAAAGAUAAAUAUGAAUUAAAAAAAGCUUUAAAUAAAUAUAAUUAUAAUCACUUUCCCAGAGAAACAUGAAUUAAAACAAAUGGAGUUUUCUUUCCUGACAUAAAAUCUUUACAAGAUCAAUUCAUUGGUACUUGAACGAAAUUGUAUUAAGAAACUCUCUUGACAAGACACUUUUCUAUAUGAAAGCUGCCCCAACAAGACACUUAUCUAUAUAAAAACUGUCUUAGCAAGACACAUAUCUACAUGAAAACUGUCUUACCAAGACACUUUUCUAUAUGAAAACUGUGUUGACAAGACACUUUUCUAUAUGAAAACUGUCUUGACAAGACACUUUUCUA